AUGUCUCAGCAGCAAAUCGUUUGCGCAUACAGGCAUCUCUUCCGUCAAGGAUUGCGCGCCAUACAAUAUUCUAAGCCUGCACGCUUCACGCUACGCGAUAGGAUUCGCCUGGCCUUUCGCAAAGGGUCUGCGGCCGACUUCGACGCGCAGAAGAUACAAAACACACUAGAAUUCCUGCAGUAUGCGACAAAGGAGAACGGCUUGGAGCACAAGAUCGUUAAGAACCUUCUAUUUGUUUGGUGGAGUCAAGAAAAUGGCGGCAAGAGCAAAUCAACCCAGAAGAGCCCGACCCACGAAUUGAUGCGUAUGAAGACUACUGCCUUUGACGCCUUCAAUUACAACAUUGAUAUGCUGAACGAGUCCAUGGGCAUCUGCAUUCCGGUCAUGACCGUCCGCGAUCCGAUUUGA